UUUCCUUACAAAAACAUGGCGGAAUAACGAGGAGCGAUAACUAUCUACAGACGCUUCAAUGGCGUCUUGCUUUUGAGUUUAUUUAAACACAUUCAUUAUGAGACGGACAAAGAGUACAGCGCCUAGCGGUAUAAAUUCUGGGGGCAAUGCUGUCCCAAAAUUGUUAAGGGAACUCCAUCAACUUAUACAUCAAAUUCAGGAUGAAAGAAACCGCAAUGAACAUACAUUAACCAAUGUCUCCAAAACCCAUGAACGUAUGAAAUCUGAGGCAAAAGUGUCAUCUUAUUUUAAAAGUAAAUUGAAAGGGCUAUAUGGUGCAGCCAUUGCAGACUGUGAGGCUGAAGCAGAUCUUAUCAGAAGAGCUACUGAUAAAAUUGCAAACAUCCAAGCAUUAACAAAUGAAGGUGGUCAAGGUCGAAGCCAUGGGGAGGGGAGUAGCUUAGAGAUAGAGCCUAGUAGGAAAGCUGGGAUGAGAAGAGGUGUCCUUAUGACUAUACUUCAACAAAAUGCUGCUCAAUUGCCUAUGUUUAUGGGCAAACCAUCAGAGAACGUUCCACCAUUAUGCGGAUCAAUUCCACCUGCUCCAAACUACUUACCAGAUUCUGGAGAUCAUGUUGCUGCUCGUGUUAGAACACCAGACGGCGAGGAACAAUGGAUCUUAGCGGAAGUUGUUUCAUUCAAUUCAUCCACAAAUAAAUACGAUAUUGAUGACAUCGACGAGGAAGGUGGCAACAAGAAAGAGAGACAUCAUCUGAGCAGACGAAGAUUUAUACCAUUGCCAAAGAUGAAAGUGAAUCCGUUAACGCAUAAACAUGCUUUGUUUCAAAAGCAAGAGUUGGUUCUGGCUUUGUAUCCUCAGACAACUUGUUUUUAUCGUGCUCUUAUUGAUGAGCCUCCAUCGAGGCCCCAGGAUGACUAUUCCGUAUUGUUUGAAGAUACUUCAUACCCUGAAGGAUACUCCCCGCCAUUGUGUGUGGCACAAAGAUACGUGGUUACUUCAAAGGAAAACAAGCGAAGAUGAAAUCAUUGUAAAAUUUUGUACAUAAUAAAACUUUCUUAGAGAUCUGAAAACGAGGACGCAUGGUGUGAAUGUAAAUGAGUGACAAUUCGGAAUUACAAAAACACCCAAAACACCCAUUGGAGCUAAUCUGGCUAAAUGAACACUUGGACAGAAUCCCAGGGAUGCUAUUGCUUGCAACCACCAGGGGUAAUGGGGGAAAGGAUGUGCAUAGGAUUGCAUUGCACAGCAAAAAAUGGAAAAUCAACUGGUAAAAAACACCCAGACACAGAAAUCAUUCAACAAAGAGAAUAAGAGAAACCACAAUAAGAGGAAGUUCAACUGGCAGUGCUUUUCAAACACCUUUAGUGUGCAAAAUCCAGUAUUCUGCAGACUCCAAGAACUUAACAGUUUUUUAAUUAAGUUGCACACAUUUUAGGCACGAAAUUGCAACUUUUCUGUGAAUUCUAAAAGUAACCUAGAAACCAGGGCAUUAUUGUUUUUGCUGCCCAAAGAUCCUGGGUAAAAGAUUGUAAAUUCAAAUAUCUUGGGAUAUUUAUUGGUGAAGACACCUUGAGAGUUCGAAGCAGGUGUGUUGUCUAAAUGUUAAGGUCUUCAGAAGUUCAGAGUAUUUCCCCAUUUUCUGUGCUUAAUUUCCAUUAAUAACAUUCUAUUCAAACUCCAGUCUCCAACAUUACAACAAGUUUAUCUAUUAAGCUGAGCCCUCUCUGAGGCAGGCAAACAUUGAUAAGCAUCAUCUAGCAAACCAAAAACUGAAAAAGAUGUGUUUUCAUUUGUCAUAAAUAAGCUUCUUCACAAACCUGUUUCAAACUGCAAAAAAGUUUCAUAAAAACCUGCUUUUUUUGUUUUAACAUUAAUUGCAUGAACAAAACUUAACUAAAACUUCAAUAAAGACUUUUGUUUUGCAACCCUUGUCUUAACAGGGAUUGUGGGACAACUGAAAAAGGAAGUCCAUUAACUUUACUAUUAAUUCCACACAGCUGUUGCUUUUCAAAAUCAAAAAUUUUCAAUUCCUAUUUCUCGGCAUUUUUUUGAAAUUUUAGUAUUUUUACAAAUUCUAUGGAAAUUUAUCUGGUUUCACACAAAAUCAUUCCAAAAUAGUACGUACCUUCAAAUGAGGCACAUAAUUAGCGCAAGAAAAAUAUUCUUGAAGCAUUUCUUCGACGACAAAAUUUCAGUUUUUCUGCUCUAGAAAUAAAACUACAA